AUGAAAAAUCAUAAGGCUCGUCCCUUAGGAACAACUCCAUUCCCAGAAGUGAAUAUAGAAAGACACAAUCACUAUGUGCAAAAUCAUGGUCGUGGUCAUGUGUGUGGCCGCGAUCGUGGUCCUGUGUGUGCCCAUAAUUAUGCUCGUGAUAUUAAUUUUGAUCAUAGCCGCAAUGACAAUCAUAAGAAUGCAUCUUUUCACCAGAAGUGGAAAGAUACUGAAAAGAAUGAAAAAGAUGGUCAUCCUGAUUAUGGCAAUAUGGAUGUUACUCACUUAGAGAUUGGUGAUUUCUUUGUUGAUCUAGAUGGAAAAAUUGAUCACCUUAUUGGAGAUGGAACUGUCAAGAAAUAA